UGACACUGGCGUGGCCUCUGCGAACUGAUCAUCACGGUGAGGAGUAGGGGCUCCGGUUGGUUUCGGGGGAGCCAUAGACACGAGGUGGGUCAGCUGUUGUUGAUGACUGAGUGUGGACGCGUGCGGCGAUUAAAUGGAAAUCACCGAAAAUAUGAAGGCAUGAACUUUGGAGCCAGCUACCAAGACGAGGUGUGGAGCUCCAACAUGGUGCAGUUGUCUCCUUCUCCUUCCCCUACCCUGGAUGUCACCCCGCCACCUGAGCGCUCAGUGGAGGGGGAGGAAAGCCAGGAGGACCCCGAGACCGGCGGAAGCCCAAAGGUGGGGUCACCCAGCGAGCUGAACACCCUGGAGAUCUCCACCGCCUACCACGGCUAUGAAAACUACAUAGAUGAUGGCCUCAUCUGCCUCAAACACAAAGUCCGCAACUUGGAGAAAAAGAAGCUAAAACUGGAAGGCUACAAGAUGAGGCUGAACCGGGGCGAGGCGCUCAACAAAGAUCAGAUGGUUGCCGUGGAAAAGUAUGAGGAGGUGCUACACAACCUGGACUUUGCACGGGAGAUGCACAAAUCCCUGGACGGCUUGACUCAGAAUUUGCUGAGGGCUCAGAAGAAAGCUCAGAAGAAGGAGCAGUUGGCCACGGUGGAGACGGAGCGGAAACGUUUGACCACGGUGCUCCAGGUCCAACACCUUCUCACUAGCCUGCAGCUGGAGCACGUCCGGAGGGAUGUGCUGGCAGGACUGAACCAGGCACCGCACGUACCAGCCCAGCAGCUGCACAGCCUGAGCCAGCUCGCCGCCAUGCUAGGAGUCAAGAGGGAUAGAAGACUGACUUUAGGAGAGCAGAUGGAUCAAGCAGCUCUCGUCUACUUGGACCUGCUGGAGGGAAAAGACAAACCAGUGGCUGGUACUUCAUUUAAGCUGCUGAAAGAGACGAUCCUCAGGCUUUUGAAUUGCAAGUACUUCAGUUGUCUCCCACCUCCACCCAACAAGUCUCCAGAGAUGUUGCUGAGCUCAACCACCCACAGCACCACAUUAAAGACAAAAUCAAAUGAAGUUUCCAAGGAGUUUUUCAACAGACUAUACCUAACUGACAUGGAGACUCCUCCCACUCAGAACUGGAAGGACGACUUCCAGGCCAUUGGGGAGCGAGAACCUCCUGAUUGCUGGGAAAUGGAGCUCACAGAUGGACCCCCAACACCGCAAGCCACAAUCCAAAAACCAUGGAGAGGAGCUGCCACUUUAAUCCCUAAAGUCGUCCCAGUCACUUCCAAGAAACGGUCCGCUGACUGCAAACAGAGAAAAGAAAGGAAGUGCAGAGGAGAGCAAAAUGCCAAGUUGGAUGUUCUCAUGGUUGUGCCUGCAGAAGUUUUCAACUCCCAGUCUGAAUUGCCAAAAGACCCCAUUCUGAGGAAACGCCAACUUGAGGACCUCAUGGCUAAGAUCCAUGGCUCCUUCAGUUUCAUGCAGGACUCGCUCCUAGAUGGUGAUAGCUCCCCUACUAAUGGCCACCCCAGACUGAAGAAACGUCUGUCUGGAUCCCCUUCUACUUUGGGUAACUUGGAACCACCUCUGUAUUUUGCUCAAGCGGAUUUGUUGAGCCCUGCUGAUGUCCUGCCCACACCAAUGCAUUCCACCCCACUGCCUACCAGGCUUAUGGAGCGCAAAGCCAGUCUAACCAAUGGGGAUCAGUGCCUAGAGACCUGUGACUUGGACCUUUCAUCAAAAGAUCUACCUCAUGAACCUCUCCAGUUGCCUGAAAGAAAUGUGUUUCCCUCACCGCCACUCUACCGCAGGGAGUCGACCAUCUCUGUCAAUAUGGAGGAGAAGACCCGUCCUCGGACACCUGUAACUGAUUCAGGGAAGCAGUCCCCCUGUAAUGGGGUGGCAUCAUGCACCUCAACCCCGCCCCAGGCACAGGCUUUUUCUACCCCACCCACCAGGCGAAGUCUUACCUCCGCACAGUUUCCAAACAUCCAGUCAGUCUUCAAGGCAAAUGCCUCAUUAACCCAAAAUGCGGAAGUGAACUACAAACCAGACUCUACAGUUUUUUCUGAACCCAGGUACAGCACUGCCAGUACCCAAACACCACCAGAGUUUGCUCCAUCAGAGGAUGAGCAGCAGUCAGAAUACCAGUCAGAUUACUCAACUGGUACUGGUGGACAGAUCUUUCUGUCUCCUGGCCAGUCAGGUGGAAGCGUGACUCGUCCCAGAGAGUCCUACUACACUAGAGGAUCUGUGAGAGGUAUGGCACGUGGCGGCAAGGGACUGGCACAAACCUUUCGCUCCUCUGGUUGGCACCGAGGAGGAUCCUACAUGGCCCAGGCUCAUCUCAGGGACUCUGGCCCUCUCCUUUAUGCUGCAAGAGACUCUGGAUACCAACACAGCAGACGAGGGGGGAGACAAUACUCCAGUGCAGCAUGGAGCGACUCUUCACAGGUGAGCAGCCCAGACCGGGAGGGAACCUUCGCUGUUUUGGACUCGGGGCUUGGGGAUUCCCUGUCAGUCUCCACCAUUGAGGUCCCACUCACUCCUCACAGCCACCACCACCACACUGCCCUGCUCCCCAUGCAGCUUUACCCACUCACUCAGCCUCUGCGAGUGGCCUUCAGCGCCUCCCGCACCGCCAACUUUGCCCCGGGCAACCUUGACCAGCCCAUUGUGUUUGACCAGCUGCAUAUCAACCUGGGGGAUAUGUAUGACGCCCACAUUGGCCGCUUCACCUGUCCCGUAAAUGGAACCUACGUCUUCAACUUUCACAUCCUGAAGCUUGCCAUCAAUGUGCCACUCUACAUUAACCUCAUGCGCAAUGAGGAGGUCAUGGUGUCGGCGUAUGCCAACGAUGGAGCUCCAGAUCACGAGACGGCCAGCAACCACACCAUCCUGCCUCUUUUCCAAGGUGACCAGGUGUGGCUCAGAUUGCACCGUGGUGCCAUCUAUGGCAGCACUUGGAAGUACAGCACAUUCUCUGGCUUUCUUCUGUAUCAGGACUAAACUGUGUGGCAAAUAGCCCUCUUCUCCCGUGUUUACCAUUUGCUUUGCACUAAGUGGCAAUUUAAACUGAUGUCGGUGCCCUGUAACCAAAAGUCCAUUCAUAACAUAAGGUAUGAAAUGGUGAAAGAACUAUACUCAAAGCCAUUAUCUACAUGAGGUUUUGACCAUCUGAGAAAUGGUGUGUAGUUGACGAUGCUGGUGCUCCGUCUGACUGAUGCUAGUAAAACUAGGCUAUGAACUUGUGUCAUCUUGCUCAAAAUCAUCCUGCAGCACAUCUCCCGUUUAUCCCACAGGUCUCUGAUUUCGGUGAGAACUCUGAUGCAAUGUUACAAAUUUGUGCCUUUUUGUUUUCUGAAUGGCUUUUGGAUGAGUGGCCAGAUGUCAAAAGGCUUGUGAACUGAACGGCUGAUUUAUGAGAGGAGUUAUAACUUGAUCUACUCACAGCACUUUGCUUGAUCCUAUGCAUUAAAUCUCACUUUGCUCUGUGAAUGUGAAGGUGAGGAAGAAAAUUGUGUGUUCUUGGUGGUGGGUGUGGUGCUGAACAUGAUAUGCCUAAAUAAAAGAUGAGCAGUUAAA